GUCAGAACUGCGCUCACUAGGCGUCAUUGAGGACGGCCUCUCUUCCGUCUCUCAGACCGCACGUCGCUCCGCUCGCUGUCUAGGGCGGGCUCUAAUCAGCUUGUUUUCCACAACGCUGCACACACCCUGACUGCGGCGCCAUGGGUGGCUGCAGCUCCCAGAUCGACCGUGCUUCCCAAGCACGGAGCGCAGAAAUUGACAAGAUGCUCGACGAGGAUUCCAAGCGGUACAAGAAGGAGUGCAAGAUACUCCUCCUCGGCUCCGGCGAAUCCGGAAAGUCCACCAUCGUGAAGCAGAUGAAGAUCAUUCACCAGGACGGAUUUUCGCGGGAGGAACUUUUGGCUUUCCGGCCCACCAUACACAAGAACGCCAUUGACUCGGCAAAAGCGCUGGCAAAGGCUUUGCGGGACACUGGGCUGGUGGAACUGCUCCGGGAAGACCAUCGUCAUCUGCCCAAGGUCAUCGAGGAAGUCUCGUCGGAGGCGCCUCUGAAUCAAGAGACUGCAGACGCGAUUGACGUCUUUUGGCGAGACCCGGUGGUAACCCGGGUCAUUGAUGAGCAUGCCAGUGAAUUUUACCUGAUGGACAGUGCGAAGUACUUCAUCACUGCUAUCCACCGACUGGCUGAACCCGACUAUACACCCACGGAAAACGACGUUCUCCGUGCCCGACUGCAGAGCACCAGCAUCACCGAGACUCGAUUCAAUAUGGGGGGUCUGUCCAUCCACAUGUUUGAUGUGGGCGGUCAGCGUUCUGAACGGAAGAAAUGGAUCCACUGCUUCGAAAGUGUCACCAGUAUCAUCUUCUGCACGGCACUGAGCGAAUAUGAUCAGGUCCUUUUGGAAGAAAAGAACCAGGCGCGUGACAUUCUGACUAACCGGAUGCGAGAGUCCCUAGUACUGUUCGAGAGCGUCAUCAACAGUCGCUGGUUCCUUCGAACUUCCAUUAUUCUCUUCCUAAAUAAGAUCGACGUAUUCAGGGAGAAGCUUCCCAAGGUUCCUCUUGAGCGAUACUUCUCGGAAUACACCGGCGGCGCUGACAUCAACAAAGCGGCCAAGUAUAUCCUUUGGAGGUUCAUGCAAGAGAACCGGGCGCGACUGAGCGUUUAUCCACACCUUACUCAAGCCACCGAUACGAAAAACAUCCGCCUGGUCUUCGCUGCAGUCAAAGAGACUAUCUUGCAAAACGCUCUCAAAGACUCUGGUAUUUUAUAA